AUGCCUGAAGUAUCUUCUCAAGAAGCUUCAUAUGGGAAAGCGCAAGAAUUGGAGAAGAUCAUUUUAUCUUCAACCGGUGAAAGUGAUGUAGAUGAAGGCGAUGCCAGCAGAAGCCUGCAUCAGCAAGACUCUGAUGAUGAUGUUGAUGAUGAAGAAGAGGAGACUGUUCGACUGUCAGUUUAUUCUGAUGUUGCUGCUUGGCCAGUUCCAGUUCCAGAUGUUUUAAGAGUGGACCUUAUUAAGAGGGGAAGUGAACCUUUCCAAAAUAGAGAUGGGCCAUUCAGUCCUGUUGAAAGGCAAGGAGAGAAAUCAAAAGGGAAGAGUCCUCAGUUAUUAUUAUUAUUAUCAUUUAUAUAGCGCCAACAGAUUCCGUAGUGCUUUACAAUAUUUUGAGAGGGGACAGUUGGACAGUUGACCACUGCAUGGUUCUAUAAGGCUCUGCCUAAUGGCAAAAAAAUUCUUAGAACGUGGAUGGUGUACUCUCCAUCAAAACAAAGAUUGUUUUGUUUUUGCUGCAGACUUUUUGCUGUUGAUGACAAAGUAACAGGGGCAUCCAGUUUUGUUACUGGGUUUCAAUUGUGGUGGAAGCUGAACCCAAAGGUGUCUGAUCAUGAGGCUUCUGAGCAGCAUCUUACAUGCUUGGAGAAAUGGAAGACCUUGAGAGCAGGAUUGAAGCUACAAAAAUGCAUUGAUCAUGUCCAUCAAACAGCAGUGGACAGAGAGAAAAGGAAAUGGAGGGAUAUUUUGCAUCGCCUUUUGGAUGUAACUUUGUUUCUGGCUCACCAGAAUCUUCCCUUUCGUGGCCAUAGAGAGACCAUGUCAUCCGCAAACAAAGGCAACUUCCUCGAAUUGGUAGAAUUGCUCUCAAACUAUGAUCCCAUUUUAAAGGAACAUUUCAUGAGGCUGAAACAUGCUGUUGCAUCUGGAAAGAGAAUGACUUCCUAUUUCUCUCCAAAAAUUCAGAACGAAUUAAUUUGUCUUUUGGGAAAUCAUGUGAAGGACAAAAUAGUGGCUGAUAUCAAGAAUGCAAAGUACUUUGGGAUUCUUUUUGACAGCACCCCUGAUGUGUCCCACACUGAUCAGAUGUGUGAAGUGAUCAGAUAUCUUCAUAUUGAAGGGGACCAUGUUGAAGUAAAGGAAUGA